GAAUGCUAGGAUUAGGCGUGCACUACCACUUCCUGGCUCUCCACGCUGCAAUUUUGAGUAGAAAUCACAAAGGUUAUCAGAAAAAAACACCUGGUUCUCUCUGCUCAAGGUACUGCAGAAGCAGUCUCAUUUCCCUAGCAAGCGACUUCCUCCUGCAGGGGGAAUCCCUGACUGGGAGGAGCAGCCCUUCCUCUUGGCCUUAGACCGUUCAGCAGCUCAGCAGGUGCUGGCACAGGCACUAGCUAGAUGGGGUGGGAACUGCUUGGGAAGGGGCUCAGAGCCAUAGGAAGGAGUGCAAGGGCAGGUACAGGGGCCUGGGCCCUCGGGUCUUGGGAGGCAUGCUGCAGUGGCUGGGGACUUGGGGCCUUUUCUUUUGUCUCUUUGUCCAGAAAGCCUUAUGUAAGAACUCUUCUUGGGAAACAGGAAGUCCAGCUUGCCAAGUUCAGCACAGGGAGCAGUGCAGGCCUGGUUCCAACACACCCGGCCCAGCCUUACCCCAGCACCCUGCCAGUUUCUUGUCCCUGGUUAUCUUCCCUGCUGGCCCCUGAGCCCCUUUUUUCAUUGUCAGUCACCCCUAACAAGCCUCCUCAGAGGUCUUGUCCAUGCCUGAGUCAGAGGGUCUGCCACACUCACCUUCUGACCUCAGUGCUGUCCAGCUUGUACCCCAUUCCUCCUGCUGGCACCAUGCCCCAUAACCAACCGACCUUCCCUCCUCCAACUCAGGGGCCGCCCCUGGGCUCCUGAAUGCUGGCCGCUCCUUCUGGGUGUCACAGGCUGCUCUGUCCUUCCUAGAUAAUUGGCACCAAAUUCUUCUGAGGCUGGGGGGUGUGUGACAGUGACACCAGCUCUGCAGUGGGGCCUGGGGUCUAACAGUACCCCGUUCGCUUUCUUCCUCUCCCUUUUAUAUUCUCAAGUUCCUUUUUAUUUCUCCCUUGCGUAACUGUGCUCUUCCCUUCUGUGUCUUUGCCUGUAUUCCCACCCUCCCUGCUACCUCCUGGCCACCUCAUUUCUGAGACCACAGUUGUUGGUGGCGUCCCCAGCUCAUGCCAGCCUCAUCUCCAGGCAACAUGGGGGGCUCAGUCCGAGAGCCAGCUCUCUCGGUUGCUCUUUGGCUGAGUUGGGGGGCGGUUCUGGGGGCUGUGACUUGUGCUGUGGCACUGCUGAUCCAACAAACAGAGCUGCAGAGCCUGAGGAGGGAGGUGAGCCGACUGCAGCGGAGUGGGGGGCCUUCCCAGAAGCGGGGAGAGUCUCCAUGGCAGAGCCUCUGGGACCAGCAGAGUCCUGAUGUCCUGGAAACCUGGGAGGAUGGGGAGAAAUCUAGGAGAAGGAGAGCAGUGCUCACCCAGAGGCGCAAGAUGGACUCUGAUGUGACAGAGGUGAUGUGGCAACCAGCUCUCAGGCGUGGGAGAGGCCUGGAAGCCCAAGGAUACGUUGUCCGAGUCUGGGACACUGGAAUUUAUCUGCUAUAUAGCCAGGUCCUGUUUCAUGAUGUGACUUUCACCAUGGGUCAGGUGGUUUCUCGGGAAAGCCAAGGGAGACAGGAGACUCUAUUCCGAUGUAUCCGAAGUAUGCCCUCGGAUCCUGACCGUGCCUACAAUAGCUGCUACAGUGCAGGUGUCUUUCAUUUACGUCAAGGGGAUAUUCUCACUGUCAAAAUUCCACGGGCAAACGCAAAACUUAGCCUUUCUCCGCACGGAACCUUCGUGGGGUUUGUCAGACUAUGACUGUGCUAUCAAAGGGUCUGAACUGGGAAGAGCAGUAUGGGUCUAUACUGGAGACCGCGAGAACUGGCCAGACAGAGGCAAGCAAACGAGCAAGAACGGCUCUCCUUGAGUUUGCAUUCGUCACUCUUGCUCCUCCCUUGCCUUUCCCGCCCCCACCCCCUGCACUCCCUGGGAUUUGACUUGAAGGGUAUUAAAACGGUAGAUUUUGCGUUUGUCUCCCA